GUGAUAAUUUAUAUACUGGAUUAAGUGUCGCAAGAGAGUGUUCUAUGAUUCCAUCUAAUAUAAAUAUUGCAGUACUAACAGCAACCCCUAGUACUGAAUUAACUAAAGCAGAAAUAAAACUUGAGCCUACUUUAGGGCAUAACUUGGAUAUGCAAGACGAAAAGGUAUACUAUGCAGUUGAUGGAAGGUCGUGGUCUGUUUUGGAGUCAGAUUUUCCGAGUUGGUUACCGUAUGUAGUCUCAAAAGGUCUUGUGUUUGGACGAAUGUUACCAGAGCAAAAAGUAAAGCUUGUGGAGCAUUUUCAAAGUAUGGGCUAUGUGACAGCUAUGUGUGGAGAUGGAGCAAAUGAUGCUGGGGCAUUAAAAGUUGCUCAUGUUGGCAUAUCACUUUCACAAGCUGAAGCAUCCAUAGCAGCACCAUUUACUUCUCAAAUAACAAAUGUCUCAUGCGUAACUAAAAUAAUACGAGAAGGACGAUGUGCUCUAGUGACUAGUUUUGGAAUAUUUAAAUAUAUGACAUGCUACAGUUUAAUACAGUUUAUUACAUUAGUUUUACUUUACAGCAAAGGUAUUAUGCUGGGAAAUUUCCAAUUUUUAUACUUUGAUUUUAUUCUUACUACAUCAUUAGCUAUUGUAAUGGGUGAUAUUGAACCUACUGACAAAGUUCAUCCUCACCGUCCUUUGUCAAAAAUUUUGACUGCAAAAAACUUAAUACCACUGUUUUUGCAAUUGUUGGUUUGUGCUUUAAUACAAAUAGGGUCACUAUAUUACCUAGAACUACAAGAUUGGCAA